AUGCUUGGCGGCGUCUCGUUGAUCCUUGCUCUCUCUACAUGCCUAUCUUUUGUAGCUGCGCUGCCUCCACCAGCUCUGGUCGUCCGCGUCCCAGCAGCUGUAGACGCUCGUGCGAAGCCUAAAUAUUCCGUCGUGCCUCUGGAACCUGGUGAAGGACAGCCAGGCGGUGGAAAUGGAGGAGGAGGAGGCGGCGGCGGCGGCGGUGGUGGAAGCGGAGAUGAAACUGUGACGGUGAUCGAGACGGUUACCGAGACCGCUAAAGCUUCGACUGUUACUCGUACGAUUCCGACGACAGUGGAGAUUAUCGAUAUCACGGCAGACGUGACCAAGACGGUUCUUGUCACUCCUACCAAGCACAGCAGCACCACUACUCUGUCGACGACGACGACGACAUCACCACCACCUCUGCCGCCAGUCGUCAGCGAGGUCUCAAAGUCGGCUACAACUUCAAAGGUUUCUACAGAAUCGAAGAAACCCACCACGUCUAAAUCCACUGCCUCGAAAUCCUCGACAUCCUCGACAUCUGCUGCUACAACCUCAAAGGCCAACACAACUUCGAAACUCACCACCACUUCAAAGGUGACAACUACCUCGAAGCCAACAACUACCACAAGUCUGGCUAGUGCUGUGACGACGGCAGCCUCAACCACUUCAUCAGUACACAGCAGCUCAAAUACGACGGCAUCAACUUCGACUACGCUGAGCAGCUCUCAACAAACCACUUCAUCGACGCCUCAAACAACGGGCACAUCUAGUACACUAGUCGCCUCCACAGGCGCCUCCACAUCCUACACGACCACAAGCAUUGCUUGGCAGUCUAGCUCUACGGUGGUGUCUUCGUCUUGGGCAGCCACAACGUCUCUGCCGACCACUGCUUCUACCUGGUCAUCCAUCUACUCGUCUUCCACAAGCACCCAUGACAAUGGCCAAUGGCACACUACAUACCCUGCCUGGAACGGGACUGUGAUACAUCGCUAUCACCCGCCUUCUUGAGAUGAAAGCUCUCAGUCACGACCAAACGGCAAGAUGACACCCGUCUCUUUCAAUCGUACAUAUUUAAACUUCAAGGGACAUACACCACGCCUCCAAUGCAGAGGCACAAGAAGUUACAGCAAGAAUAUCCAAAGCGGAAAAGUGC